AACAAAUCACGACCUAAACAGCGUUGUUUCCUCGGUAUCAGCUCAAGUGAUUGGCCCUUAGUAGCUAACAUAUAGAUAUGAGGGUGGUGGUCGGAGUUAGAUGGCGACGGAGGCGCCUUGCCCUGCGCUGCUUGCUGCUGAGCAGUGCGUUCUCCACACUCGUUGGCUUAUUACUUCUCACCUCAUCAAGAUCCGACGACCUCCCACUCAAAGCAGCCGUUGUAGCCAAGGUAGCUGAUACUAGUACCAGGUCCGAUGUUGGAGGAAACAAAACAUGCGCAACAGUUGAAGAGAUGGGCGAGGUCUUUCGCGGAGGGUCUCUGGAGGAAGCUCUCAGGGUCAGAAAAAUCAUCCAAAAUCACUUUGCCAUAAAUGGUGCCCCGAGAGUGAGAAAACUUUCGCCUAAGGAGUUCUGCAGACAUGGGUUUGUGUUGGGCAAGGCAUCAGAAGCAGGUUUUGGGAACGAAAUGUACAAGAUUUUAAGUGGGGCGGCACUGAGUGUGAUGUUGAACCGGUCUCUGAUUAUUGGGCAAACCAGGGGCAGGUUUCCCUUUGGGGAAUUCAUUUCUUACUCUGAUGUUGCCUUCACCAUGAAUGAAAUCAAGCAUCUUUGGCGACAGAAUGGUUGUUUGACAAAAUAUGGAAGGCAUCUAGUCAUCAGAAUUGAUGACUUCCUAAAGCCAAGGCGAACUAAUGUUCUGUGCAGCAAUUUCAGGAGAUGGAAACAGCCUAUCAUAUGGUUACAAAACACAACAGACGCUUUGGCUGCUCAAUUUUUUUUGAAGAAUAUACAUGAUGACAUGAGGAUAGCUGCCACUGCUUUAUUUGGGAGAUCUGAAGACCUUCAUAAUAGGCCAAAUGUAUUUGGGGAGUUAAUGAGAGUUCUAAUAUCUCCUUCGCAAGUUGUAGAACGUGGUGUGCAAUCAGUCCUUAAAGGUGAUGCUGACCCCGAUAUAGCUCUGCACAUGCGGAUGCUUACAAACAGGUCAGUGAGAGCAGUUCGGGCAGCAUUGGGUUGCAUAAAAAAAGCUGCAGCCAAUCUUAAACUAAGUUCAAAACCCAGAGUUGUUGUUGUUUCAGAUACACCUUCUUUGGUGAAAGACAUUGCUCCAUACUUAAAUGAGUUUGCAGAGGUUCUGCACUUUGAUUACAAACAUUUUGAAGGAGCUCAAAAAACAACAGGAAAAUUAAAUAAGUUUAGAAGCAAGGAUUGGGGUCCAGCACCAAGAUGGGUUGCCUUUGUUGAUUUUUUUCUUGCUUCGCGGGCAAAACAUGCUGUUAUUUCUGGGGCUCACAGGCGUGUGGGGACUACAUAUGCACAGUUGAUUGCAGCAUUGGGGGCAGCUUACCAUCUUGCAGAAGAAGUAGAUAAUUCUUCAAAAAGUUUGAGUUUCCUAAGUAGCUUCCAAAGGAACUUGGUUUCUGAUGGGUUGGGGAGGAAUCAGAUAGGUUGGGGACAUGCGUGGAACAGAUUUGCAGGGCCAUUGAGUUGCCACACUCAAUCCAACCAGUGUGCCUACACACCACUUCUUCCUCCUGCUUGGUGGGAUGGCAUAUGGCAGUCACCCAUUUCACGGGAUAUCCGCAGGAUGGAAGCCUAUGGCAUCCGCCUUUCUGCUUUUGGGACUUUCGAUGUUAACCAACUACGUACAUUCUGCAAUUCCAGGAAGGAUACUGUAGUAACUCUCAAACUCAUCAUUUAAAUUUUAACCUUAAUUAGCUUGUACUGACUAUUAUAUUAUACUCCUAUAUCAUAUCGCGUCGACACACCACAAUACCAACU